CUUGGCAAAAAAGUUGACACUUAUACUCCAAUAAUCAAGAUCCAAGAUAAACCAUUAGAUGCUGAAUUAGGAAUAUCACUCCUUUGCUCAGAAAUAAUGAAAUUUGUUCUUUGUUCCAUACUCACAUUUCUUCUCUUCUCUAGUACUGGAUUAGCUCUCUACCCUUUCAAAGAAGUCUGCUCUUCUUCCUGUGGACAACUGAAAAACAUCCAUCCACCAUUUCGUUUAAAAGGCGAUGCAAGUUACUGUGGCGAUCCUGAGUAUGAGCUCAUUUGUGAUCAAAAUCAUACAAUCCUCAAUCUCUCAUUUGGCAAGUAUUAUGUUGCUAGUAUAUCCUAUAAUCCCAAUGAGCUACAGGUUGUUGACGUUGGAUUGACAAGUGGUGUAUGCCGCUUUCCUCUUGGGUCUAUUACACCUAGGACAAUCAAAAAUAGCAAAAGAUACGAAUUAAUAUCGCCCCACUGGGCUUCUUUUGUAAACUGUGUUGAUGGUAUACAAGAUGAUACUAAUUAUAGGCCAGUUCCUUGUCUCCACAAGAACUCCUCAUUUGUGUAUGUUGUAUCUGGCUAUGAGGUGAAGGAGCUCAAGCCGUCCUGUGGUUUUUCAGCUAUGAUUCCAACUGAUAGCUUCAUGAACAAGAGCUUGAAUGAAGAUGUCUUUCAACUUCUACAGAGGGGCUUCAUUAUUUCAUGGAUCGGUGACAGUAAAACUUUUGGCUAUUGCUUUGCCGCAUAUUUCAGGGCAUCCACGAGUGUCUUUAAUUCUGGUGGCAUUUAUCAGUCCAUUGUCUAUAUAAUUCUUCUUGAGAUUGGAUUCGUGGAGUGUGUAUAUGAAAGCAAGGAUCCAAGCGGUCUUCCCCUUGCUAUAGCCUUUAUCUUGGCAUUAAACUUAUUCCUGUUUACACUAGUUGGAAGAUUUAUAUUUGCUCCUAUAUGUAUGGGGGUAUUUAUCAGGUACCAAUACUUCCACAUGCUUGUACCAGUGAAUGCUAUUGAGAAAUUUCUACGAACCCAGAAACCAUUGACACCAACAAGAUAUGCUUAUACCGAGAUUUCAACAAUAACAAAUCACUUCAAAGAAAAAUUAGGACAAGGGGGCUUUGGUUCCGUCUUCAAAGGCAAACUCCCCAACGGUCAGUUGGUCGCUGUAAAGAUGUUGGGAAAUUCAAACUGCAAUGGUGAAGACUUCAUCAAUGAGGUCUCCACGAUUGGUAGAAUUCACCACAAAAACAUAGUGCAACUUCUUGGGUAUUGUUCAGAUGGAUCAAAGAGGGCUUUGGUUUAUGAAUACAUGCCUAAGGGGUCACUUGAUAAGUACAUAUUUUCAUCAUCAAAUGGAACCAGUCGACAUACUUUUACUUGGGAAGAGCGCAAGGAGAUAUCGUUGGGUGUGGCUCAGGGAAUAGAUUACUUACACCGUGGUUGUGAUAUGAAGAUUGUACAUUUCGACAUCAAGCCUCAAAAUAUUCUUCUUGAUGAAUUCUUCAAUCCAAAGGUUUCAGACUUUGGACUAGCGAGGCUGUACCCAAAGGAAAACAGCAUAGUAUCUAUCAGCGUUGCCCGAGGAACGAUUGGGUAUAUAGCCCCUGAACUCAUAUCAAGAAAUUUUGGGGUUAUAUCUCACAAAUCUGAUGUAUAUAGUUAUGGAAUGUUACUGCUGGAAAUAGCAGGAGGAAGAAGGAAUGUGAAUCUACAGGCAGAUGACUCGAGCCAAAUUUACUAUCCUUCAUGGAUUUAUGAUCGCAUUGAUCAAAGAGAGAAGCUUGUAGUUUGUGAAAUCACUGAGAUUGGUGAAGCAGAUAGAGAACUUCUUGGUGAGAUUAAUGAGGUAGAACGACAGCUAUGUAAAGUAGGGUUAUGGUGUAUCCAAAUGCAACCACAAAACCGUCCCUCAAUGAGCAAAGUUGUAGAAAUGCUGGAAUCUGAUGCUGAAAACUUACCAAUGCCACCAAAGCCUUUCUUUUCCUCAAUAGUGUCAACACCUGCAGAACAAUUUUAUAUGGAUUCAUCAGUCAGUGAAUUAUCCAUCAUCUCAGAACAGGAUUAACACAAACAUGCUUGCAUCCUCUCAGAACAGGCUUAUCACAAAUUUUUAGAAGGUUAUGUAUCAUUCGUGUUGCUAAUGGAUUUAACUUCAAGGUCCUAAUGUCUUGACUCAUAAAUUGUAUGUAAUAAGCACAGCUUCAGGGAUUAGCUUCACUCAGGCUUUACAUGUCUCUAGGAAUUCAUUGCUCAAGUUAUGUUUUCUAUAGUGAUCCUUCAUUUCGAUGUAAUUCAUAUUAGAAGAUAUGUUCAUAUUGGAAGAUAUUUCAAGAAUGUUUUUGUUGUAUCAUGAUGUU